AUGAAUAUGUUUUUAAAUUCUAUGGAGUCAAAAGAAAUUUCUACUUUUAGAAGAAUAUCAAAUACACUACAACAUCUUAGUACAUAUCAUCUUAGUUUACCAGUUGAAGAUGGCACUGAAAAUGAACAUCCACUACGUUCACCUGAUAUCGAUAUGUUGAAGCAUCUAUUGGACGGUGACUUUAAGCGAGACAGAACUCAAAUUAGACAACUCAUUCAAAAUAGUAAAUCAUUCGAAGAAAUACAUCUAAUCGAAUCUAUUUCGCCAGAGGUUCAUCGUGAGAGAACUAUUCAAGCUGUUAGAGAGGUAAUUGAUUUAUCAAUUGUUUCUGUAACUGAUAUGAAAGAUAAUCCAGAGAAAUUCUUAUCAUGGUUUGAAACAGUUUCAAUAUGUGAUCUUUCUGUGGUAUUAAAGUUUGCUGUUCAAUAUAAUCUCUGGGGUGGAACUGUAUUGUUUUUGGGAACAAAGAAACAUCACGAUAAGUAUUUGAAUGAUAUUUCCAAUGGUAAGUUGUUGGGUGUUUUCGGUUUGACAGAGUUGGGUCACGGAAGUAAUGUACAGGGUUUAGAGACAACCUCGACCUACGACAAUGCCACUGGCGAGUUUAUCAUUAACAGUCCGACUUGGACCAGUCAAAAGUAUUGGCCCGGUAACAUUUCUGCUCACGGUCAGAUGGCUACUGUAUUUGCGCGUCUAAUAGUCGAUGGUACCGAUCAUGGUGUUCACGCAUUCAUCGUACCUAUCAGGAGUGCACCAUCGCCUGGCAAACCAUACGGUGAAGUUCUGCCUGGCGUAGAGAUUCGCGACAUCACUCAAAAGUCGGCGUACAACGGUAUAGACAAUGGUGGAUUGCUCUUUAGAAACGUUCGAAUUCCCAAGGACAACAUGUUGGAUCGCUUCAGCUGUGUCAACGAGCGAGGUCAGUAUCAAUCGACUGUGCCACCCAACCGACAUUUUGCUGCGAUGAUGUCAGUGUUUUUCAUUGGUAGACUGUGUAUCUCAUCGAUCUCGCUGACAGCGAUGAAGUCAGGACUGGUUGUGGCACUCUCCUACAGUCACAAUCGUAAGCAAUUCGGUCCACCCAAGCAACCGGAACAACCGAUCAUCAAUUACUCUACACAUCAACGACGUCUGAUUCCAUGGAUUGCCAGAUGCUACACACUCGAUUUCACACAUAAAUACGUUGUCAAGUCAUCGAAAUCAAUGGAUGUUCUACACUCCUACUCGAGUGGUCUCAAAGCAGUGACAUCGUGGGACUCUCUCGUUGCUCUACAGAAUGCACGUGAGUGUAUGGGUGGUCAAGGAAUGAGGCUGAAAUCAAGAAUAACAGUACUCAGAGCACACAGUGACAUGUGUACCACCGGUGAAGGUGACAACAUCGUUCUCUGCCAACAAGUCGCCAAAUUCCUACUUUUCAAAUACAACAACUCAAUCAACGAAGGUGGUUCAUUCACUGGCGAACUCGAAUACGUAAACAACAUCCACAGACCAACCACUGAGAAUUGGCGUAGUCUAUCGUACCAACAAUGGUUAUUAGAAAAGAGAGAAUUUGCAUUAAUUAAAGAAUUACAUAAAAAGAUGUAUACUUCAAAUCCAAGUAUUAAACCAAAUUCAGAGGAAUGGUAUCAUCUUUGGGAUAAAUGUUUGAAUCUAGCAAUUCAGUUGACUAAAGCCAAUGUCGAUAGAUUGGUACAUUCAAUCUUUUUACAAAAGAUUAUCAGUAUCACAAAGGAAUCAAAUGCAAGUACUCUUCAGAUGUUAAAGAAACUCUGUUGUCUCGAUGGAUUGGUUCAAAUUCAAAGAGAUCUGGGAUUCUUUUGUUCCACCGGAAUCAUCUCUGGACAUGACAAGUGGGUAAAGUUGGACGAUGAAAUCAAUGCUCUUUGCAAAGAAAUCACACCAUUUUCAAGAGAACUAGUUGAACCAUUUGGUAUUCCACCAAGAUUCCAUCCAUAUCAAAACUCUUUGGAAUAA